AGAAAAUCGUCACAGACAUAUUCCACCAAGAAGACAAACAUGGCAUUCAAAUUCGUAGCAUUCGCUGCUCUCAUCUCAGUAGCCCGUGCUGGAUUCCUUCCGGCAUACUCCGCACCAUUGGCAUAUUCCGCCCCUGCAGUGGCCAAAGUAGCAUACUCCGCCGCCCCUGCUGUGUCAUACUCCAGCGUAUCAGCUCCAUUAGCCUCCUACGCCAAAGUUGCUGCCCCAGUCGCCUAUUCGGCUCCAGUCUACUCCCACGCCGCGCCAGCUUUCUCCUACGCCGCUCCAGCUCUUAAAGUAGCCGCCCCAGUCGCUUAUGCCGCUCCCUUCGCCAAAGCCAUCGUCGCUGACGCUCCAGCAAACUACAACUUUGGAUACGGCGUUAAUGAUCCCCAUACCGGAGACAGCAAAUCCCAACAAGAAUCAAACGACAAUGGUGUUGUUCACGGAAGCUACUCCCUCGUUGAAGCUGACGGUUCCAGACGUAUUGUGGAAUACACCGCUGAUGACCACAAUGGUUUCAACGCCGUUGUACACAAGGAACCCGCUGCAGUAGCUGUCAAAGCUGUAGCUCCAGUUGUUGCCAAAGUUGCUGCUCCUCUUGCAUAUGCUGCACCAGUAGCUCCAUUGGCUCAUGGAUAUGCUGCACCAGCAUACUACCACUGAGUUAUUUAGGACUCUUCGUCUGCGUGUAUAUACAUAUUUGUAAAUUAUUUCAAAUAAAGACUGUUUUCGAGUG